AUGCGCAGCCCGCUCAUUGCUUUCUCUCUCGUGGCCGCGGCGGUCAGUCCUAGCCUCGCCGCGUCGCACCCAAACUCCCCCAAAUUCGGCCGGUCCGUCACCCAUCCUCGCGUCACCGAAGUCCAGAGCCCGGGCGGCGAGUCUCUGCAGUUCAAGCGUAGCGGCAUGAAUGGUCUUGGCCUCGACAAGCUCACAGGCUCAGGCGCAAACCCCGUCAACAAGCUCACAGGCUCAGCCGCGAACCCCAUCGACAUGGUGCUCCCCCAGGGCGCAGCAGCUGCACCCGCUCCGAAGCCUGGUGCUAGCAAAGCAGAUGCAGGAAAUACCGAUCCCUUCGAUCUGCCAUUUGACCCCACCAACAACCCUCCAACCAUCCCCGAUCCCGAGACAGUUGCCCCCGGUGCACUGGGUAACGUACCCGUUUCUCCUGCCGAGCCCGCCCAGCCGGGAAACCCGUACGGCAGCGGUCAGGGAAACGGAAACGCAGCUCCGGACGGGGAUAACAAUGGGACUCCGGGACGGCAUACACCAAACAGAGAGGAAAUCGAGCAAAUGUUCGGAUCUGGCGGUGCAUGGUGA